AUGCCAGACUCAGCACCUAGCCCUGUCAUCAUCAAAUUGGAUAACAGAGAGAAGAGUAGGGAGAUGGUACAUAUAACAAGGAAAAACGAGGACACUAUAGAGUCGAGGAAGUAUUAGCUUGCCAUUCUGAACACCUCUCUCUGGUGCCCAAUUGUUACCUUCUUUUUCCUGCCCCUUUGUUUCUCUCUAGGCACCUCCAAGGUAGUGAUGGCUCUCCAGAGGAUCCUUUCAUUGCUUCUGCUCUUGUUGCUGACCCUCCUGGGGCUGGGGCUGCUGCAGCCCUCCUAUGGCCAGGAUCACAUGUACCAACGAUUCUUGCGGCAACAUGUGGACUCUAAGGUGACAAAUCGCAAUGAAAGCUACUGCAACUUGUUGAUGCAAAGACGGAAGAUGACUUCGCGUUAUUGCAAGUACUUCAACACCUUCAUCCAUGAGGACAUCUGGAAAAUUAUUAAUAUCUGCAGCACCACCAAUAUCCAGUGCAGGACUGGUGAGAUGAACUGCCAUGAGUGGAGUGUAGUGAAUGCCACAGACUGCAGGCUGAUAGCAGGUUCCAAGGCCCCCAAGUGCAGAUAUCGGGCCAUGACUGGUACUAGACAGGUUGUCAUUGCCCGUGACGGUAAUCCGGCGCUGCCUAUGCACUUUGCCAGAUAGAUGCCACCCUGCAAGGGUUAUGGCCCCAUGGUCGGCCUUUAACUUACUGCUUGAAUAACAAUGAGUAAUGAAUGCAUUUGAGCAGUACCAGGUUGUCUCCUCUGCUUAUUUUUUUCUCCUCUAUAUAACCCAUUUCGUUUUCUGUAAUAAACUUUUCUGUAAAUUCUUCU